UAAAAAAUGAUAGAAUUUACUAGUGACGUAACAUCGACUUUAAAGUCUCGUAGAUAGUUUAAAAAUGUUAAGUGUAAAGAUAGAUCAAAUGCAUCUUUGGGACACCACAAAACGCAAACGUCAAAAUGUUGGCAACGUGGGAGGGGGGCAGGCGACGAUCAAAUUUCUCUCACCGAAACUUGGACAAUUUCCCGCCAAAAUAACAUCGAAUGCACAUUCCUACGACGCCUUUUAUCUCGUAAACAUACACUUCAUAUUUGUGAGCUGUGCACAGUUCGAUAUAGCUGCACAUAUUUGGGUAAAAACGGUAGAAUAUCAACUCACUUUUUCUUCCGUGUUUUGUUGUGAUCUCGCUGAAGUCUCGUUCGGAACUGAAAGUCACGCGAGAUUUGGGGUUGACCUCUGUUGACCCCAAGAUGGCCGCGAUGGGUAAAAAACGUGGUGGGGUGAAACAAACUGGAGAUCAAGUCGUCAAGAAGGCGAAAACUGAGAAUGGAGAGGACGGAAACUCACCCAAAGUACAGCCUACGAUACAGAGAACAGCUGUGGAAGACAAGAGAAAGAAGCGACGUAACGAACGUAGAAAGAUGCAGAAAAAGUUGAAGAAGAAGAUGCAGAGAGAAGGUGUGCAGCAACCAAAACCUGCAGAAACUGUAGAAGAAAAUCCUGAGGAGUCAGAAGAAGAAGAUGACUCAGAAACAGAAGAGCAGGAGGCUCCAGUCACCAGGGAGGAUCCACCACCUCUGCAUGGUGGUAAGUGGACCAAUAAGCAGCGCUGUCUUGUGUUCUGUUCUCGUGGUGUUUCUUACCGAGCCAGACAUCUCAUGAACGACCUCAAGACUCUCAUGCCACAUGCCAAAGCAGAAAGCAAGAUGCACAAAAAGGAAAACAUCCAACUCAUUAACGAGAUGUGUGAGAUGAAAAACUGCAACAAGUGUGUUUACUUGGAGGCCAGGAAGAAGAUGGACCUGUACAUGUGGGUGUCAAACGUACCUCAUGGCCCUUCUGUGAAAUUUCUGGUGGAAAAUGUUCACACCAUGGGAGAACUGAAGUUGACUGGAAACUGUCUGAAAGGUUCCCGACCCAUUGUCACAUUUGACAAGAGUUUUGAUGAACAUCCCCACUGGAGCCUUAUGAAGGAGUUGUUCACACAGACAUUCAGCACGCCGUACCACCACCCCCGGAGUCAGCCAUUUGUGGACCAUGUCUACACCUUCUCUGUAGUGGACGACAGAAUAUGGUUCCGCAACUAUCAGAUUGUUGAUGAGAAAGGUUCCUUGGCUGAAGUGGGGCCCAGAUUCGUGCUGAAUCCCAUCCGAGUGUUCGGUGGCAGUUUUGGAGGACCCACGCUGUAUCAGAACCCACACUACAAGUCACCAAAUGAGAUCCGACGGGCCAUGAGGAGGUUGAAGGGAGACAAGUACACGAAUCGUGUCCUGGCCAGAAAGGCGCUCCAGGAGAGGAAGACAGACGAGACGUACCCCGUGGACCCGACAGACGAUGUGUUCAACACACACGGGGACGGGGAGGAGUCGGAAGAUGAGAAACCUCCGCAGAAGAACAAAAAGAAGAGAAGAAAGAACUGAUCAAAACAGCAAUGGGAAAAGAAGAGGGUUGGGAAGAGGGAAACUUUUCACUUUAGUUUUAAGACAUCUAGUGCAAUUUCAAGGUGGCACUAAAUAUUCUGGAUUAAGAAAUCUGCAUGAUUUUGUCAUUUACUGCCAUUUCUUAGCACAUUUCGUCAUCAUUUCAUAUUUGAAGCAUUUGAAAGAGCCCCAAAAUAGCUAUGUGAGGAGUCCCUUUAAUUUUUUCUUCACAGGUAUCCGUAUGUUACACAUACACAUAUAGGAUAGGGUUGAUUCAACUUACUAAAUGGCAUUGGAUGCCUUCAAACUUCUCAUGAAACGUAGAGAGAGGUCACAGGCAUUGUCAAACAUAUUAAAAUGCUAGUAGGUAACUUGCUUUUCUUUCAGAUCAAUAAAACAUCAAUG